AUGAUUACCAGAAAUAUCUUAUUGAGGACUGCUAGAUCACAAUGGCUGAUCAACAGAUCAUCAUUCAGGUUAUUUUCAUCUUCCCCAGCAAACAGAGCAGAAGAAAGCCCAGAAGCGGCUCGUGCUAAGAGACUACAGGAGUUUCUAGUUCAAAUAAGAUCUAAUGAAAAAAUCUGUAACCAAUUAAGAACUGUUCAAAUCACAAUUGCAGGGAAGAUGGAACUCACAAACGGUGAACCUCCUUCUCUUAUGCAACAGUUACAACUACUCAGAGAUCAGGAAGUUCGUGCUGAAAUGUUGAAACUCUCUGAAAUAAUGAAGGAGGAAAAGAUUAACUUGAAGGCCGAAGAUGUAAGCUUUUUAAUGCAGGCUUUGAAGGCACAAAUGGAUGGUGAAGGGGGUAAAAAUUGA